AUGACAAUGAACCAUGAAGAUGGUCCAGGGACAUAUUUAAGGGCGUACUGCUCGACCAAAGUUUCAGUACGAAAUAUUAUAGCGGCAAUCAUAUCUGGUCACGAUGAUAUCACAGAUGUCUCUCACAUUAACUUUCGGGUUACAGAAAAAGACCUAGCACCGUGUCUAUCUCACAUUCAAUUGUUGAACUCGGGACAUACUUUUCAGACGGCAAUAUCACUCGAAGGCCUUGUACAAAAAAAAGUUUUUUGA